GCCCUCCUCGCCCUCCUCCUCCUCCUCCUCCUCUCCCUCCUCCUCCUCCUCCUGCGCUCACCGCCGGCAGCCGGCACUUUGCGCUUACCCAGAGAGUAGCUCCACUUGGGUGCGAGGCGGAGAAGGGGGCAAAUCCGUUCACGCCGAUCCAUGAAAAUGCUUUGGAAACUGACGGAUAAUAUCAAGUACGAGGACUGCGAGGACCGUCACGACGGCACCAGCAACGGGACGGCACGGUUGCCCCAGCUGGGCACUGUAGGUCAAUCUCCCUACACGAGCGCCCCGCCGCUGUCCCACACCCCCAAUGCCGACUUCCAGCCCCCCUACUUCCCCCCGCCCUACCAGCCUAUCUACCCCCAGUCGCAAGAUCCUUACUCCCACGUCAACGACCCCUACAGCCUGAACCCCCUGCACGCCCAGCCGCAGCCGCAGCACCCGGGCUGGCCCGGCCAGAGGCAGAGCCAGGAGUCUGGGCUCCUGCACACGCACCGGGGGCUGCCCCACCAGCUUUCGGGCCUGGAUCCUCGCAGGGACUACCGGCGGCACGAAGACCUCCUGCACGGCCCACACGGGCUUAGCUCAGGACUCGGAGACCUCCCGAUCCACUCCUUACCUCACGCCAUCGAGGACGUCCCGCAUGUAGAAGACCCGGGUAUUAACAUCCCAGAUCAAACUGUAAUUAAGAAAGGCCCCGUGUCCCUGUCCAAAUCCAACAGCAACGCCGUCUCCGCCAUCCCCAUAAACAAGGACAACCUCUUCGGCGGCGUCGUGAACCCCAACGAAGUCUUCUGUUCAGUUCCGGGUCGCCUCUCGCUCCUCAGCUCCACCUCGAAGUACAAGGUCACGGUGGCGGAAGUACAGCGGCGCCUCUCACCGCCCGAGUGUCUCAACGCUUCGCUGCUGGGCGGAGUGCUGCGGAGGGCGAAGUCUAAAAAUGGAGGAAGAUCUUUAAGAGAAAAACUGGACAAAAUAGGAUUAAAUCUGCCAGCAGGGAGACGUAAAGCUGCCAAUGUCACUCUGCUCACAUCACUAGUGGAGGGAGAAGCCGUCCACCUAGCCAGGGACUUUGGGUACGUGUGCGAAACCGAAUUUCCUGCCAAAGCAGUAGCUGAAUUUCUCAACCGACAACAUUCCGAUCCCAAUGAGCAAGUGACAAGAAAAAACAUGCUCCUGGCUACAAAACAGAUAUGCAAAGAGUUCACUGACCUGCUGGCUCAGGACCGAUCUCCCCUGGGGAACUCACGGCCCAACCCCAUCCUGGAGCCCGGCAUCCAGAGCUGUUUGACCCACUUCAACCUCAUCUCCCACGGCUUCGGCAGCCCAGCGGUGUGCGCCGCGGUCACGGCCCUGCAGAACUAUCUCACCGAGGCCCUCAAGGCCAUGGACAAAAUGUACCUCAGCAACAACCCCAACAGCCACACGGACAACAGCGCCAAAAGCAGUGACAAAGAGGAGAAACACAGAAAGUGAGGCUGUCCUCCCGCCCUGCGUCUCCCCGCCCAGCGAGCCCACCCACUCGGUCGUCUCCCCCCACCUACCACCGCAGGCAGGUGACAGCUUCGGAAUCAGCGAACCCCACUGCUGCUACUGCUGUUGCUGCUGCCGCCGCCCGCCACCCACAGCCCUCCAGAGUCCGGGGGCCCUCUCUCUUCCGGCAGCGGGACCGCCCCUGCUGACUCCGCCCCCCCUGCCUCGACUUCCCCUCCCCCCGCCCCCCACCAGCACCAACUCCCCCGCCCUUUGCCCUCCUGUGGAGCCUAAGAGAACAGAACAGGCCUCGAAGCCAGCAAAGAAAAGUUCUGUCCAAGUGUGUGAACCUUUUUUAAAAAACAAAAACACAAAACAGAAAAACCAACAGGAACCCAACAGUGACAACCACCACAAAAAAAAAAAAAAAAAAAGAAAAACAUUUUUUUUUUUUUCUAAAAAAAAGAACAUAAAAAUGAAAAAAAAAAAAAAGAUACGAGCUUCAUGGGACUGAGUCACCACCUUCCCUUACAUACUUCGGUUCAGAUUGUAGCCAUACUAAAAAAAAAAAAAAAAAAAAAAAAAAAAAAA